AUAAGGCAACUCGGUAGCGGAUUUGUUUAUGUUUGGCAUUGUCAGUUUCAACCGCCUCAGUGCAGCGUGUUGGAACACGCCAUUCACUCUCUUCUCCCUCUUCAUUCAUCUCUGGCCCAGUCUCGGAGAAAUUUCCUUCAGCAAUGAGACUGAACUGCGAUUUACUCUGCCAGUUUGGAGAAAGGCUAUAUUUUACUACAUUUCCUCAACCUGCACCGAAUCCUGAAGUCUUGAACAAACACUGCAAUGAAGCCGAUAACCGACCGCGUAUACGAACGCGUAAUCGUGCGGGACCAUCGUCCGCGUCAGACGACAUGGCAUCUUACUACUUCUUCACCAUUGAUGACCAGUUGCUCUACCUUUCUUUCUUCCAGGACUGGGGCCCACUCAAUAUAGCGAUGGUCUACAAGGCUUGUAUACUCAUUCAUGAGCUUCUGGAGGAUCCCAAUCUGACGCAGUACAGACUCGUCCUUUACUCCUCCGAUGACCCCCGGCGGAAGGCCAAUGCAGCUCUUCUGAUGGCCCUCUAUGUAAUGAUCGUCCAGCGACGAGCUCCAUGGGAGGCCUUCCACCCUAUCGCAGAGGUGGAAUUCAUGCCAUUCCGUGACGCCGGCAGAGGCCCCUCAGAUUUCAAUCUCAAUAUACAAGACUGUCUCUGGGGGGUCUGGAAAGCCAUGCAGAAUGGCCUAUGUGAUAUGAACGAAUUCGACGUUGAGGAUUAUGAGUUUUAUGAAAAGGUGGAGAACGGAGAUUGGAACUGGAUAACGCCCAAUUUCAUUGCGUUCGCCUCGCCUGUCGACUCAGCUUGGAUAAAGAAGGAGAAGGAGUCGAAGGAGUCAGCGGACUCUGGCACGUCAGUGUAUUCCACUGCAUCUUCCACGAAAAACCUCGCAUUGCAGCGCAAGCUUCCCACACCAUUCCUUAACUGCCUCGAUUACUUCGAGAAGCGAAACAUCAAGCUCGUCGUGCGCCUUAAUACCAAACUUUAUGAUCGAGACACAUUUUUGGAUCGUGGUGUCGAUCACAUGGAACUGUAUUUCGAUGACGGUACCAAUCCAACAGAUGAGAUUGUGCGGACAUUCAUCGACACCGCUGAUAGGAUAAUCGAGUCUGGUGGCGUGGUAGCAGUUCACUGUAAAGCUGGCUUGGGACGAACGGGCACCCUAAUAGGUGCAUACCUCAUCUGGAAGUACGGGUUUACAGCAAACGAAGCGAUUGCCUUCAUGCGUAUCGUUCGGCCGGGUAGCGUUGUUGGCCCCCAGCAACAAUUCAUGUACCUGAAACAGCUAGAGUGGUCCAAGUGGGCAGCAGUUGAUGAAAUGCAGAGACAACAAAGAGCCAACGCGAUACCAGCAGAACCAGCGCCAAUGGUGACUCCUGCAACACCUCCAGCUGAUACGGACGAAGAAAUCGGGCGUAUGCGUAUGGAGAUGACAACACCCCCACCAACAGGAACAACUUAUCCCCCUGUAACUCCGAGCAGGCAUGUUGCAGCGGCUGCGGUUCACGCCAAAGCUAUCGCUACGCCUGGCCAGCCACGAAAGACGCCAUCCGGCAAACGAAUCGCACGUGAAGCCAUUGAUGAGAGUGAAUCUGAUGAAGACACAGAUGAUGUUCUCCCUCUCCCCGCUAUGCCGAUGACGCGCAACAAGAGCAAAACCACCCCGGUGACGAAGAAGAUCACGGCGUCGGAAAGGCGCCCCGUUCGGGUGACUAGAUCUACGGCUGGCGCAGCUGCUAUUCGAAAGGCUGGCACAGCUAUCAAGCCUCCCACAUCACCCGUUAAAUCUACAGGGCAGCAGCCUCCGAACAAGAUUCCUAGACUUGCUACGACAAAGACGACGACUGCUGCCAAAGCUGCUGCUGCGCGUCAGAAACCUGUUCCGGUUCCCGCCCCCGUAACGCGACGACCUCCACCAACAGCUCCCACACCCUCCCGUCUCCCUACGUUAAUCCCUUCCAAGCGACCUCACCACGCAUCCACUCUCACUGAGGUUGCUAAUGCUACCACGAAAAAGGCUGGUCCUACUUCUGAUGCAUGGAUGACGACCAAUGUCGCUGCCGUUGUGGUUCCUGGCAGCAAGACUGCGCGACCGGGGUUGAGAAGUAUACGACGUCGACGGAGUAGCUUUAGUUCUGCUGAUGUUGUUGCAUGAUGAUGACGGCGUUGCAUUUUCUCCUCUGUCGUACUUAGCUUGUACAGUGUGGAUCCCGGUUAUUUAGUUAUUACCAUCUCGUCGUUGUUAUCUCGCACUCUUUUUGUCUGCAUGCGCAAUAACCCCCAUUCCCCUCCCGUCAUUAUUUUUUUAGUAUAUUAUGAUACAUAGCUUCUUUUCAGUUUUUAGCGUCGGAUACCGAUGAAAUGAUUUCACGGUUGGUUAAAAUAUCAUCUGAGAGGACUGGAUUUGCUGGU